AUGCCACGUUCUUUCUUGGUGAAGAGCAAAAAGGCUCACACCUACCACCAACACCGCUCUCUGGACGACGACCUGCCUGCCUUCACACGGGAUCCGCUCACCUCUCCCUUCACUGCCAUAGGAGACAAGGCAGAGGACAUCAAGAAACAGGACCUAGGAUGCCUGGUUCCGAAACAAGAGAAGGCCCCUUCGGAAGCAAGAGAAGAGAGCGUCCCUGUGCAGUACCUGGGCAGGAUGCUGCCAGGCCCUUCAGCUGCAGAGAUGGGCAUCCCAGGGCUGCAGAUCAAAGACUGCAGCAACCCCACGAGCACUCCCGCCUUCUAUAAAAGCGGCUUUCCCUGGGACGCCUUCCACUCACCGUACGGCUUCCGACAGAUGUCCUCCACCAUGCAGUCCGCCCUCCUGGAGCGCCCUGUGAGCCUGUACGGCAGCCACCUCGUCCCGGGCGCAGAGCCGCCCCUGGACUACAGCGUGCACUACUCCUCCGACACGGACACCUACCACUGCGUCAAGUGCAACAAGGUGUUCUCCACCCCGCACGGACUGGAGGUCCACGUGCGAAGGUCUCACAGUGGCACGCGGCCCUUCGCUUGCGAGGUCUGCGGCAAGACCUUUGGGCACGCGGUGAGCCUGGAGCAGCACACCAACAUCCACUCCCAGGAGAGAAGCUUCGAGUGCAAGAUGUGUGGGAAGACAUUCAAACGCUCCUCUACUCUGUCAACUCACCUGCUGAUCCACUCGGACACACGACCCUAUCCCUGCCAGUACUGUGGCAAGCGCUUCCACCAGAAGUCAGACAUGAAAAAACACACCUACAUCCACACUGGAGAGAAGCCCCACAAGUGCCAGGUGUGCGGCAAAGCCUUCAGCCAGAGCUCCAACCUCAUCACACACAGCCGCAAACACACCGGCUUCAAGCCCUUCAGCUGCGAGCUCUGCGCCAAGGGCUUCCAGCGCAAGGUGGAUCUGCGGAGGCACCGGGAGACCCAGCACAACCUCAAGUGA